UAUAUAUUAUAAAGUCUCAAUUUGCUUACUUUAACAAAACAAAAAAAGUCACAUUUGACGCGUCUGCUACAUUCUCUCCUUUCUCCAGUCAUAUAUCAUCCAUCAUUCUCUCUAUAAAUCAUACAAGAAAAAAAGAGAAAGACAAAAUUAAAAUAUUAUCAAUAAAAAAAAUGGCGUUGAAGGAUACGUUUUACAUAUCCCAUGGAUCACCAACGUUGUCAAUAGAUGAAUCGAUUCCGGCGAGGAAGUUUCUAGAAAAGUGGAAAAAAGAUGUGUUUGAGCAGAGACCAACUUCGAUUCUCAUUAUUUCUGGUCAUUGGGACACAGCGGUACCCACCGUUAACGUUAUUCAGACAAUCAACGAUACUAUCUAUGAUUUCUACGGUUUCCCCAGACCAAUGUACCAGCUUAAAUAUCCAGCACCUGGAGCUCCAAAUUUAGCUAAAAGGGUGAAGGAGCUACUCAACAAAUCCGGUUUCAACCGUGUCGCCGAAGACGAAAAACGAGGACUCGAUCACGGUGCUUGGGUUCCACUCAUGUUAAUGUAUCCAGAAGCUGACAUUCCAGUUUGUCAAUUGUCUGUUCAAUCUAACAAAGAUGGAACUUACCAUUAUAACUUGGGAAAAGCAUUGGCUCCUCUUAAAGAUGAAGGUGUUUUGAUCAUAGGUUCUGGAAGUGCUGUUCAUAAUUUGAGAGCUAUUAGCCAUCAUGGAAGUGUUGCUCCUUGGGCCUUAGAGUUUGAUAAUUGGUUGAAAGAUGCUCUUCUUGAAGGAAGAUAUGAAGAUGUAAAUCAUUAUGAACAAAAGGCGCCACAUGCGAGAAAGGCUCAUCCGUCGCCGGAUCACUUUUAUCCACUGCAUGUUGCUAUUGGUGCUGCUGGUGAUGAUUCAAAGGCCAAACUUAUCCAUAGUAGUAUUGAGCAUGGCACUCUCUCUUAUGCUUCUUACCAGUUUACAUCGAAUUCCAACUAAACUUGUACUUAAUACUACAUACAUUUGUGUGUCAUCUACGAAGAUGAGUUGUUUGAAAGUUGAGUAACUUAUGUCUGUAUGUCGUGUUGUGAAGCCUUAAUGUAAAGAUUGAGUUAUUUCUUAUGAAUAAAAGAAAUUUUAUGUACUUUCA